AUGAAAAUCAAGCCCAAGUGGCUGCGUGAUUUGGCAUCGCUCGUGUUUACGGUUUACUAUCUCAUUGCUGCGGAGCGUGCAGAUGAUAAAGUUCGUCGUGUGCGCGCCACCCUGACCGUCGAGCAUCUGCGCGUCGCGUGGAAUAAAGCGACCACGCCGUAUCUGUGGGCGAUGGCGAAAUUGGUGCGCCCGCGGUUGACAAGGUACUCGCCGCGGGCAAUUCGGAUUCCACGUCCUGCGCAGUCGGUUCAUACCGAGCCUGUUAAUGCGUGGCUGUACUUUGACGGACCGUUGAGUGCGCUGCGGGACCAGACAUGCUUGGUGCUGGAUGUUCCCGGCGGCGGGUUCGUGGCCAUGAGUCCACGAAACUCCGAGGAUAAACUGCUUGCUUGGGCGGGACAGCUCAAGGUGCCGAUUCUGAGUAUUGAUUACAAGAAAGCGCCCGAAUAUGCAUAUCCAUAUGCCCUGCACGAGUGUUACGAUGUCUACCACGCCAUCGUCCGUUCCUCCGGGCGCUGUAUGGGGCUAAGUGGCGAGAUUCGUCCGCGUGUGGUGGUCACUGGUGAAAGCGCGGGUGGUAAUCUUGCAGUGGGGAUGGUCUUGAUGGCGCUGCAGUCGGCUAUGGCACAAGGCUGGCAAGGCGACGAUGUGCUCCCGCGACCGGAUGGCGUCGUACUCGCGUAUCCGGCACUGAAUAUGCAGGUUGCAAGCUGGAUGACAGAUGAGCAGAUGUCGUUGAUUCAGGACAAAGGCUCGAGUAAUACGAACCGCAGCGUUCUUGAACGAAAACGGGAUCAAUAUCGCAAGUUGACGCCUUUCACUUCGCCUGGUCAUUCCGUUGAGGCCCUGACCGAGCUCUCUCCCUCAAAUGGUGAGCAAAAGGACAAACAAAACGAUGUGCCAAGCGAGGUCGCCAAAUCCCUCGAAGAGAGAAUUAAAAAGAGUGAUAUCCUCGCCGCAAACAAGACAGACGAAGUCCAGCCCCUGCGGACCAGACUUGCAGUUUCAUCGAUGAUCUCCUAUGUCCACGACCGUAUCCUCACGCCCGAAAUGAUGCGCGCCAUGAUUAUCCUGUAUAUCGGACCACACCAUCGUCCAGAUUUCAGCACAGACUUCUGGCUUUCUCCAGUCCUUGCCCCCGAUGCCUUACUCGCAAGAUUCCCCAAAACAUACAUCCUUACUGGCGAGCGCGAUCCAUUAGUCGACGAUACGGUCAUUUUUGCUGGCCGUUUGCGCCAGGCAAAACUGGGCCAGUUCCGUGAACGCCACGAUAUGGGUUUGGAAAAGUCACAGCGCCAGUUCCACGAGAAAGACCACGUGGAAGUCUCCCUGAUCCCGGGGGUAUCGCAUGGGUUUAUGCAGAUGGCCGGCUUCUUUCCCGAAGGAUGGAAGUAUAUCAAUCGCAGUGCGAAGUGGAUUGAAGAUCUGUUUGAUGCCGCCUGCAAGCGGAGCCCGCAAUCAAGUCUCCUCCAGUCGACGAAUAGGUCUGCCAUGAACGGCUCUGGAAGGUCACCAAAUUGGACCACGCACACUCCUAAUUCCAUUUACCAGCGCCGAAAUCACUACCGCAGCCUCACAGGCGAAUCAUCGGGCGAUGAGGAUCGGCCUCUGGAAAUGAGUAUUGGCAAAUUAACACCAAUGACACAACCUGAAAACACGGAAGAUUCCCGUCCCCGACACAAGAAAUCCCGGUAUCAGCUACCGGGACGGCUGACGACAAUGAAUGACAAGCAAACUACAAACAAGCAUUCCCACCUAACUCACCGAGUCGACUACUUCUCUGCAGACGAGACAAAUAGCGCACCGGAGAGCCCGGUUGCAACCCGUCCCCGUGGACGAAGCAUCAGCUCUCUCGGAAGUGAGGAAGAUAUCCUCGAUCGCAGAAUGAAUGGAUUAGCGGGCGGAUUAAUGGGACUCGGCGAGAGAGCGCAGACACCCGGUCCGUGA